GCUUCAGCAAAAUGGCCGCGAACAAUAUUGCUAACAUAAAGUGGAAUCACUUUGGCGUUUAUCGACGAUUCCAGUUACCUGUGGAUGUUGUCGGUGACCUGUACCGAUUGUUACUGGUUAAAAUCAAUACCGUAGUUCCUGACUUUAUGGGCAAAUUGGGAUGGAAAGACGAAGAUGGUGACAUAAUAUAUUUUUCAACUGACGAGGAAUUACGCAACGCACUUCAGAUUGCCACAAACAAUCAACUUCGCAUUCAAACUAUCGAAGAUCUCUCGCAACGUGAAAAAGAAAAAUCAAAAGACACGAAGAAAGAAAAUAAGAAAAUGAAAGAAAUCCAUCCGUUUGUUACAUGUAAUCGUUGCGACCAGCCGCUUUAUGGAAUUCGUUAUAAGUGUUGUGUUUGUGAUGACUUCGACCUGUGCGAAGAAUGUGAGAAAGAAGGAACACAUCCAGAUCAUGCUUUGAUUCGUUAUGCUACACCGCGAACACCGAAGGUUGAAAAUCUGCGUCCGAGACGCACCUGGCGACAAAACAGUCAUACUUUUGGUCAUCGCGAUACGUUCUUCCAGGAAGGGAUUUUUGGACGAACUGCUGCAGCUGCUGCUCACGCUAGUGCUGCAGCCAGUGCCGCAGCACAACAUGCUGCAAGACAUGCUGCAGCUGCUGCCACACAUUUCGCUGAUAAUACCAAAGAGAAUACAGAUGGACUUCCACCACAGUUCCGGGAAUCUGUGGCUCAAGGCAUGGAAUAUCUGAAAGAAGUCGGCUCGCAGAUUCAACAGGCACUUGCAAACUUUGGAAUUGAGGUUGACAUGGACGUACAGCAUGGUGGUGUUUCGGAGAAAAUUCCCAAAACCCAAGGAUCUACAACGAAAAAUGCUGCAGGAAAUAAUACAGCCAAUGAUGAGAAGGAAGAUGCACAAAAAACGGAUGAAAUAAACGUUUCGAAGAUUGGUGAGCCGGAUAGUGAGGACGGGAAACGGAAAAGUGAUGGUCCAACUGCUCAGAACGUUGAAGCGAUCGCGGACGAGCUAGACGUGCCACUGAAGAAGAUGCAUAUCUCGGAGCAUGAGGAGACAGAAAAAUUAGAACAAAAUUCGAAAGAACCAAUGCUUGAUGCUCUCGCUUCUUGCGAUGAUAUUUCUGAUGAAUGGACGAUGAUGGACAUCAGUAAUCCAAGCAGCAAAUGUCAAUCAAGUGCACCACUUUAUCCUGUUAUUGCUAAUGGAAAAUGUAUGGCUGGUACUCCGUUCAUAGUUCCACAACCUGGACCACACAAUCCACAUUGUUAUUUCAUCUACCCAGGUCCCGUCCCUUCUUACUUCUCCAAUGAUGGUUGAAGAGCUAAUUCAUCAUAGUCUCUAGCAGAUAUGUAAGGCGCAGUAUUUUGAAUUCAUCUCAAUUUUGCCUUUUUAAAUCGCACCAGAGCUUUUCAUAGUAAAAAAUUUGCAGAUGAGCAUGUUGCACUCUGUGUAAUACAGUUGGAAGGAAUGGGUUUCGAUAAUUGUAAUGGUUGGCUAACCAAACUUGCAGCGGACCUGAAAGGUGAUGUUAGUGCCGUUAUCGAGGAUAUGAAGAAGGAUCCUGUUUAUGCGAAGCAUUUCGAAAACGAUUUCUGAAAAUACUUCAUACUGAAAAAUAACAUGUAUCUUACUCCGCUUAUAUCUUUUCUUGGUUUGUAAACAUUAUUUGCAUUUUGUAUGUUUUCCGAACUUUUCCGUUUUAUUUUUGUAUCUUCACGUCAGUCGUAGACUAAUGUUCCAUAUUCGUCUUAGUAAACUGAUUCAAUUUGAGGCUGUUUUCAAGUGGCAAUACUUCACCGUAUAUCCUUGAAAAUUUGUUUUUAAUACAAAUUCGUUUUGCAGUCAACUAUUGACUAGUGGGAUCUAUCUUCUCUCAUACCAUAUUUUACUACUUCCUUUUCGGUGUAUCGUGAAGCCUCUGUUUGCUGUGAAUAAAUGCUUUAUAGAAAG